AAACAUUCAGUUGGUCUGUGACCGUUGAACGGACGAGAAACCCCGUAAACAACGAACGUACAUCUGUUUUUUGUUUAAUUUGCGUGAGAGUGUAGGUUGUUGUUUCUUUUUUACUUUCUAUAUUAACACAUUACGUUUCUGUUUUUGCGUGUGUGCGCUCGCUACUACUACUACAACAACAAACAAAAAAGAAAAACACGAAAACUUCUCUACUAGUAUUAUCGAUUUGGCUGCGGCUUCUUGCACGCUCAUCGUUGAUGGCCUAUCUGAGAUUUUUACAGUCAACAGCAGAAGAAACAGAAUAAUACCUACCUACCUAGCCAGCCAGCCAGCCAGCUUGAGCUAUCUGCCGUUGCGAAAUGAAAACAAACAAACAAAUCCAAUCAAACAAUCGUUGAAUAAUAAUCACACACAUCAUACGCCGUUCGCUCGCUCGCUAAAAACGUUCGUUUGUACGUCGUCGUCGUGUUGUACUCCCAUUUAGUCGUAAGAAAGAAAUCACAGUGCGUUAUCAUUUUUCAUAUCACCCACAGAAGAAAAAGAAAACAAAAAUUAAAGAAUUAUUUUUUCUCCUAUUUAACGCUUUUUGGUCGUCGUCAAAUCAGUGUUGAUGGUCGUGAUGAUGAUGAUGAUUAUUAGAUGAUACCUAUUUGUGUGAUGUGAUUAAAUUUCAAGAUUUAUUCAAAUCAAAUACGGAAAAUAAUUGAAAGAAAAGUGAAAAACAAAUAACAAGUGUGAAGUGAAUUUAUGCAAAAUAAUUUAAUAAAAAAAUAUUAAAUAAAAAACAAACCAUCUAAGAAAAAAAUAAAAAGUGGAAAAUUAAAAACAAGAAAACUAAUUUAAAGAAUAACAAAAUAACAAAGUCUAAUAAACUAAACUUAAAAGCCAAACAAAAACACACACAAAAUGAACAAGCAAAUUAUGAGGUAAAAAGAGUUAAAAGAAACCGCACAUAAAAACGAAAAAAAAAACCGUCAACAAAGUAAAAUAAACCUCUAAUAAAAGCAAAUAAAUAAACUUCAAAUUAAAAAGAAAUACAAAAGCAACAACAAGCUACAAGACUUCAUAAAAUACCACACAACAACAACAACAAAUCUUGUUACCAGUUAACCAAUACAAAAACAGCUUCAAAAUUAUACUCGAUAUGGAUAUGACCUCUACAGCCGAAGCUGCUGCGCGCAGCUGGUAUGACAAUCCACGCCUUGUGGGUGGCGGCUCGCCACAGACAAACGGCCUAGGCUCAUCGGCCGGCGGUUUGGGCCAUCAUGGCCUAUCGGCCGGUUUGGGUUCGACGGCCGGCGGCAGCAUGGGUUUGGGUGGCAGCGGAAGUGCCGGCACCACCAGUGGCCUAGGUUUGGAUACCUCCGAUAUGGGCGCCUUUUAUGCAUUGGAAAGUAAUGGUCAUCAUCGCAGAUAUUAUCCCAGCUAUCAUCAACAUGCAUCCCGUAUGCCCUCCUCACACACAUCACCGCAAAUGUGUCGGCCUCACUUUCAUACGCCUCUUAGCUCAUGGCUCACCAGCGAACAUAAAUCAUUUGCACCCGCCAGUCCAUGGGGCAGCCCCUUCGCCUGUCCCCAAGAGCCACAGGUCGAUCACAAACUGAGUCAGGUGGGGCAGACGCAUCAGACGACAACGACUGGCCAGCAUUCGUUUCCAUUUCCUCCCACACCGCCAAAGGAUUCAACGCCCGAUUCAGUACAAACCGGUCCAUCCGAAUAUCAGGCUGUGGUAAAUGCCUUCAUGCACCAGGCCCAGGCAACGGGCAGCAGUUCCCUGCCCGACACAAGCUGUGCUUUGGACAUCAAACCCACCAUACAGAAUGGCAGCAGUUCGUCGUUGCACAAUGGAGCCAGUGGAGCUGGCGGUCAGUCGUCGGCACCCAAGCAACGUGAAGGUACUAGCACAAACAAUAACAGCAACAACAACAACAACAAUAAUAAUAAUAGUACAACAAAUAACAAUGCCACACAACACAAUAAUCAAACGCAUAAUUCCUCGGCCUCCUCAUCUGCGGCGUCAUCAGUGGCGGCAUCGUCGGUGUCAAGGUCAUCGGCCUCUUCCCAUCACACCAGCAGCAAUCAGAACAACAACAACAACAGCAAUGUCAAUAAUUCUGCCAACAGCAAUAACACCACACCAACCGCCCAUCAUUCCGCCCACUCGAGCUCGAGUGGUAGCAGCAGUAAUGCUCUGCUCAAUGGCCUUGGCAAUGCGGCCGGUAGUCUUUUCGAUGGAACGGCCCAGUCAUCCUAUGGUGGUGGCUCUAUGGGUCUGAGCAAUGGCUCCAAUGUCAACUCCGCAGCCAAUGGAUACGAUGGCACAUAUGCCUCGUAUGCCGCCCAUCAUCAUGCCCAGCAACAGGUGGCGGCCGCUGCUGCGGCUGGCAUGUUCCAGACCACCUCAAUGGCAGCGGCCGCCGCGGCCCGCCAUCAUCAUCACAGUCAUGGUCAUAUGCAUCAUCAUCAUGGUGGCGGUAUGGGUGCGGGCGGAGUGGGCUCAUCGGCUGGCAGCGGUAUGGGUGGCGGUAGUGGUGUUGGUGGCAGCAGUCAUGGUAUGGCUGGCUCAUUACUGGGCAAUGUGGGGCAGAGUGGUGGCGGCGGUGGGGUGGGGUCCAGCGCUGGAAGCGGUGACAUUAAGCCGGCCCGGACAAAACCUAGGACAAGUGCUGAAGGCCGUGAAUGUGUAAACUGCGGAGCCACCUCAACGCCACUGUGGCGACGUGAUGGUACCGGCCACUAUUUGUGCAAUGCCUGUGGUUUAUAUUACAAAAUGAAUGGACAAAAUCGACCACUAAUUAAGCCAAAACGAAGACUGACGCUGCAGUCACUACAAAGUGCGGCCAAACGAGCGGGGACCUCAUGUGCCAAUUGCAAAACCACAACAACAACCCUUUGGCGGCGGAAUGCCAGUGGUGAACCAGUGUGUAAUGCCUGCGGACUAUAUUAUAAAUUGCACAAUGUUAACCGCCCCCUAACCAUGAAAAAGGAAGGUAUACAAACCCGCAAUCGUAAAUUAUCAUCAAAAUCGAAAAAGAAGAAGGGCCUGGGUGGCGGUUGUAUGCCACUGGGCGGUCAUUUGGGUAUGGGUGAUUUCAAGCCAUUGGAUCCAUCGAAAGGUUUCGGCGGUGGCUUCUCGGCGUCAAUGGCCCAACAUUCCCAUCUUUCCAGUGGCCUGCAUCCAGCUCAUGCGCACAUGCAUGGCGGCUGGUAUACCGGCGGCAUGGGAGCCUUGGGUGCUUCCAGUGGCCUGCAAGGUGGCUUCUCCACGGCCGGUUCAUUGGGCGGUGGUGUUGUGCCACAUUCUCAGCCUUAUCAUUUGGGUUUGGGUUCAAUGGGCACCUGGCGUACAGACUACACGUGAUGGAGCGGCAAUAAUAUAAAUGGCAAUUUAUUCAAUUGAAAUUGGCCAUUAUGUGAAGAGAAACCAGCUACGAAUUAUUCCCACUUUUACGGUUAGUUUAUAUUUUGGUAAACGACAAGAACAACAACAACUACAGCAACUAAAUUGAACUCCCUCACUCCCCACCCAAGAGAAACCAAGAACCACAACAACACCAAGUGUUAAUGAAAAUUACCCACAAUUUUUUGUAAGCGAAAAAAAAAACAGUUCCUAAAUCAAAUCAUUUAAAAAAAAAAAUCAAAAAUCAACCAAAACUGCGUUUUAAACGCUGGGACUAACCCCGUAACCCUGUCCUCUCUGGUAUUUUUACGGAAAAAAUAUGGAAGAUUUUGAGAUCCCUCUCCCAUAUACAAGAUUUCUGAGGGAGAAGACUAUCAAGCUUCCUCUAAGAAAUUUCGGUCCCUGUGGAGAUCUAAACUUGAGCCUGGGUGAGGGAGGGAUUUGGGAAUUUAUCUUGGGAACGGCGAAGGUUUUAGACCCCUGCAUAUGAUAUUUUCUUUCUAUGGUGAACAAUGGAAAAUAAACUCAGGAUCCUGCUCUUGGUCAUUUCCAAACAAAAUCCAAGAAAAUUGUCAUAGAGCCAUGCCACCAAUUUGGAUAAAUGUUGGAGAUAAUUUAAAAAAAAGAACUAAAAAUUAAAUAUUAAAAUAUUAUUUCUAAGCCCACAACAUCAACCCUGUGUAUGGGGAAAACAAAUCUGUUCAUUUCGUUUAUUUUAUUUAAUUUUCCUCGGCAAAUACAGUCCCCGCCCCUCCAAUGAAUACCAAAUUCAAGUAAAAUAACUUUGUUAUAAUAAUAAAAAAAAACCGUGAAUGUAUUUAUUAUUAAGUAUGUUAUGUUAACAUUGCGUGCAAUUUAUUAAUUUAUUUAUGUGUUCCAGUACACAGUUACACUUUCCUUUUUUCUUCUUCCCCAAUACGACUUUGUUAACAUUUCCCCUUCUUCUUUUUCCAAAACCCAAACUCUUGUCACCUUAAGGCACACACACACAAAAUGUAUACAAAAAAACUUAGAAACAUUUUUUUUUAAUUUUUAUUAUUCAUCUACAUAUAUCAUACAUAGAUUAACAAAAACAAAACGUCCACAUAAAUGCAGUUUUUUACAAAAAACAGGCCACGAAUUUCAUUAUUCAAAGAAAAAAAAUUCUAAAUAUCUGCAUGGUGAUAAUUAAAACAAAAA